GCCGAAAGGCAGUGGCUGUCUAGAAAGCAGUGGGUUAGCAACUCAAGAACUCAAGGCAGUGGACGUAGUCUCCCAGCUCCUUUGUUUUGUGACCCCCACUUUGUUUUGGAUGGUGCUGCUCCGUUUUGGGGCUUUUGGCAUCUGCACUGAGUGGGGCAGCCACAUACAAGCAUGCCCCGUGCAUUGAAGAGGUGUCACCGUGUGCUGAAACACAGCUGCUAGCAGAUCAUCAGGGUAUGGAGCAAAAGCCACCUUUGCAUUUGACAUGAGAGGAGGCUGACCACACAAUAAUGCAGCCUCCAUUGCAGAAUGAUGAUCUGGACCUAGAAGCAGCUGUAGCAAGAGCCCGCCCCCAGCUAGUGGAGUUCCUCAGUCACCGUCCUGACUGGCUGCUCACAACCUCCAAGCAUUUCCUCCCAGCGAUGGCCCUGAAUGGUCUGGAUGGCAUCACUGACCACAGAGAAAAAGUCUCAGUGCUUCUUGACCUGCUGGAGAAGGCUGGCCCUGCCACCUGGAAGUGGUUUGCACAGUACCUCUGCAUGGAGUGCGACCUUCCCCUGGAUCUAGAGAUACUGCUCAUAAGUUCUGUAGGAGAAGGUAACUUCAGCCAGGAACAAGAAGCAUGCACAGAUGUGAGUCCCCAGUCAUCUGUGCUGAAAGGAUUUGCUCGACGUCGCCAUCGCAGCACCUCUGUCAGUGAUAAGGAUGCUAAAAAACGUCGAUUAGAUUCAGCUGAAAAGUACCGCCAUCUCCUCAUCGAUUCUUUCUGCCAGAGGUAUGGAAGCAGGAGAGCAGCGGGAGCAGCAGCACAGGAACAAACCCAGCCACUGGCCUUCAACCAAGCCUUUGUCAACCUUGUCAUUCAGAAGAGCAGAGCCUCCAGCUUAAAAGAGAGAGCAGACAAAACCCAAGAGGAUGUGGCAGGUGCUCCUGAACCAGAAGAAUGUGUGGAUACAGCUGUGAAAGUGUCAGAUCUGUUUCGUAGUGUGGUCCCAUCAGGCACAACGAAGCUUAUCUUUUUAUUUGGUAAACCAGGUACAGGCAAGACCAUACUAAUGCGCAGGAUUUGUCAGAAAUGGGCAGAGGGUGUCCUGCCUCAGUUUCUCUUCACUUUCCUGUUUGAGUUUCGGCAGCUGAAUUUACUAAAAAGAAAAUUAACUCUGAAGGAGCUUUUGUUUGACCUGUUCCUUCAUCCAGAAGACAGCCCUGAUGCAGUGUUCCAGUGUGUCCUGGAAAAUGCCUGGCGUACACUAAUCAUCUUUGAUGGGCUGGAUGAGUUUGCAGCUAACACAGACGUAUCAUCCUCUUCUAAGGGAUGCCCAACUCUUACCACCCGUAUGUCCAUAUCUGAGCUCUUUGCAGACCUCUGUAAUGGGAAGCUCCUGCCUGGUUGCACAGUGUUGGUCACUAGCCGACCUAAGAGACUACCCGGCUUCUUAUUAAACACAGUAGAUCUGAUAGCAGAAAUUUUAGGAUUUGACCAUGAGAAGAUUGACGAAUACGUCAGCCACUAUUUUCACCAGCAUUCAUUCAAAGAACAAGCCAUUACUCAUUUGAAGAACAACACUAAGCUCCUCAGCAUGUGCUUCAUCCCUGCUCUGUGUUACGUUGUGUGCAUCUGUUUGGAGUAUUUGUUCCUUAAUAAUCAAAUGAGUGUGGAGCUUCCUCAGACUAUGACACAGUUUUAUAUCAAAAUGCUUCUCAUCUUCAUAAACAAACAGCAGGGAGAAUGUGCAGGUGGCAAGGAGGAGACUCAGCUGAACUGUAACAAGAAGGCCAUUUUGGAUCUGUGUGAUCUUGCACUGAAAGGCCUGGAAGAUAAGAAGCUUGUGUUUUAUGAUAGUGAUAUUCCAGAGCAUGUGAAGGAAUUUGCUUCCUUACAUGGAUUACUGACUGUCUUUGAGGUGAAGAUGAAUGACACUUGCCCAGAGGCUGGCUAUGCCUUUGUGCACUUGAGCUUGCAGGAGUUUUUUGCAGCACUGUGUCUUAUGGUGAGUAAGAAGGUGGACAAGAACUGCCUGAAGAAGAAGUUCUCUUUGAAGUCAAAGUGGACUUUAAAGAAUGAGGCAAAGACUGCAUUUAUGGAGAGUUUUCACAUCUUUCUCUCAGGCUUGGCAUCAAAAGAAUGUAGGACAUUUCUCAUGCUGUUAGCUGAACAAGAUGAAGCUUGGGUGCAGGAAAAGCAGGAGGCAAUCCUACAGUCUCUCCAGAAACUGGCAGCCACUCAUCUGACAGGGCCAAAGGUCAUCGAGCUCUGCCAUUGCACGUUUGAAACGCAAGACCUCGAAGUAGCCCAGCACAUUGAGACCCUGCUGCAUUUCAAGUAUGAGUUCAAAAACUUUAGACUGACACCUCUGGACAUGUCAGCUUUGGUUUUUGUCAUAAACUCGGGCCAGGAUUUGACUCACUUGGACUUUGCUGGAUGUCUCAUGGACAUUGACUGUUUGGAGAUUCUGGCUGGCUGUAAAAAUGUAGAGCACUUGAGUUUUCGUAGUAGGAGAUGUGGUGAUGGCUUCGCUGCUGCUCUUUCAAAGAGCUUACACGGAAUGGGGAUCCUGAAGAAGUUAGAGUUGACAGGCGGGAGCAUCACAGCUGAGGGAAUGACUAACUUGGUCCAGGCUUCAUCACAGUGCCUCCAUCUUGAGGAAAUAAACUUGCAGGACAAUCGGAUACGGCAUCUGGAGGUGAAGAAGGUGGUGGACUUGUUUUCCAGAAUGGAAAAGCUGAAGAAAAUAGAUCUGAGUAACAACAGUCUUUCUUUGGGUGCUGUUCUGACUUUGGCAAAGGAAGUCCUCGCCUGUCAAAAUGCUACUGAACUACAUGUCAGGAAGGACACCGUGAUUAUUUAUUUUUCUGGCCCGUCGGAGAAAGUUCCAAGAUCUUUGGAUUUGAGCUGGGAAGAGAAUAAGGAACAUGUAACUCCAACUAGAUGUGUGAAGUUAUGCUUGCAGGAUCGCAGCCUGUCUCCCCAACAUGCAGAGGAGAUCGCAGCCAUUCUCCAGAGCUGUCCUUGUCUCUCCGAGGUGGAUUUAUCAGGUAACAAGCUUGGAGAUGAAGGCUGCAGUUACCUGUUGGAAUGCCUCCCUUGGAUAUCAAUUUCAAAGCAGCUGGAUCUCAGUCAAAACUACCUCUCUGUUAAUGGGAUUUGUAGUCUGUUGAAGUCAUUAAAUACCUGCCAGAAGAUGAUGGAGGUGCAACUCAGCCUUUGUCGUGAGACUGCAGUGCUGAGGUUUACAGAAGACAGGGAGUUUGCUUCCUUUCCUCCUAGGGAAGACCCUGUGUUCUUUACUGGUGACCAGCAAUAUGGAGAGGAAAACCAGACACCUACUCCUUCAAAAAAAAUAAGACUGACACACAGUCGUUUUCAAGCUGGUGAUCUGGAGAAGCUGUGUGCAGUCCUGAAGGAAUGUGGCAGCAUCUCUGAGCUGGACCUAUCAAAUAAUUAUCUGGGAGAUGAUGGACUUCUGCAGCUGUUUCAGUUCCUCCUGAAUUUGAAAGCAUUAAGUUCUCUCAAGCUUGAUGACAACCAGAUCUCCCUGAACUCCGUGUUUUUCUUAGCUCAGUCCUUAUCUACACUGGAACACAUUAAAACAGUGAACCUCAGCUUUGGACACCCACAGGUGGUUCGUCUAACCUUUUGGGAAAGAAUCAGGGACAAGAGUACCAGAAGAUGGAGUGGUUCCCUGGCACAUCCCAAGCACAUAGCGAAAGGACAAUGCUUUUGUCUCAGGGACUGCAGAGUGGGUCCAGAAGAUGUGACCAGGCUGUGCCAGACACUGGCUUCAUGUCCUCAGCUGACAGAAAUUGACCUGUCUGGAAAUUCAUUGAGUGAGCAGAGCAUUGAGAGAUUACUGAGCUUCCUGCCAUACCUCUGUCAUCUGACACUACUGAGUAUUAGGAACAACCCGUUUUCCCCGCGUUGCACUGUCUUACUCAUCAACUCCAUCAACGUCUGUGGGAGGAUCAGAAUGGUAGAAGUCCGGUCAAGUGAGAAUGCUUUUUUUCAUUUAGGAGCAAGCACGCAAAGCCACAAGAUAUCCUGCAGGCUGACGGACUGUGCCAUCGGCCCAGGGCAGGUAGAGGAGCUCUGCAGAGUCCUGGAGCAGCAUAGGCGGCUGGCAGAAAUAGAUCUUUCUAGGAAUCAGCUGGGAGAUGAAGGCCUGUGUCACCUCUUGGACCACUUGCAUCGAAAGCCCUUUACCUGUUCCCUCAAUCUCAGCCAUAACAGGAUUUCUCUGGAUGGAGUUCUGCAUCUCAUAAAUGCCUUUGCCGCAUCUGGAAAUACCACUGAGGUUCAAGUCAGUUUGUGCUCCAAAGCAACUUUAAUCAUCAAGUGGACAAGCAGAGGUGACCCAAGAAAGAUUUUGAGGCUCGCAGAGUGUAACUUCCAGCCGGAGCACUUGGAAAAGUUGUGCUUGCUCUUGGAAAAGUGCACCGGUCUGACAGAGUACAUAUCCUCAAAUAACAACGUGACAGUCCAGGCUGCAGAGAGACUUUUGCAUUCACUGAGGAAAAAUAUGGGUCCUCUGAAAAUCAGCAUAGAAGAGCCAUGGGUAUGUAAAGAAAGUGUCACGAACCUUCUUGAGCUGGCUGUCCAGGCUUGUGGAAAAAUUACUGAGAUCACGAUAUGUAAAGAUAAAAACCUCUUCCAAUUAGGUGUAACGUUCCCACACUGCCUGGAGAAAGUGGAAUCGUUUGUUAGCAGAUUGAGCCUGUACAAUCCAGAAACCAAGCGUGCUUGCUUCUACCAAAGGCUUCGUGAAAAAUGUGCUCAGCUUCAGGAACUGGGAUGGUCUCAUGUUGAGCUCCAACACGAUGAAGCAGAAAUGCUAGUUGGGAUUUUGUUACCUCUUCCAGAGAUGAAGAAGUUUGGGCUGACCUCUAGCAGUAUUGUGCCAACUGGAAUUGAUUUCUUGAUCAUGGGCUUGCAGAAUUGCCAGGCCAUUGAAGAGCUCAACCUGGGCUACAUGAAACUCAGCAGUGCUGCCAUUCCUAAGCUUGUGCUGGGACUUCAAGAAAUGCCAUCUCUGAAAAGGCUUAUCUUGAACCAUAACAGUAUUGGUAAUGAUGGCAGCUCCAGACUCGCAGAAGCCUUGAGGAAUAUGCGCUACCUGCAGGAAAUCAAUUUAAGCCACAACGAGACUGGAGAUCCAGGCCUGAUAAAUCUAGCUGCUGUCCUGCCGGCAAUGCAGAACCUGAAGAGAAUCGACCUUUCAGGGAACAAUCCUAGUCCUGCUGGAGGGGAAAAGCUGGUGGAAGCUCUUGUCUGUUGCAAGCACAUCGGGGAACUAGUUCUGUCAAGGAAUGCUUUUGGAGACAGAACAGCAGUGAAACUUGCCCUCUGUCUGCCUCACAUGACCAACCUCAAGAUCCUGCACUUGCAGAACAAUAACAUUGGGCCAGCAGGAGGGAUGGAGCUGGCCAGAGCCCUGGUGGCGUGUAGGCUGCUAGAAGAGAUAAGUUUAUCAGAAAAUGACCUUGGGGAAGGAAGUAUCCAUGCCCUGUCUGAGGGGCUGCCAUGCUUUAAACACCUCCGGAAGAUUGACUUGAGACUCUGUAGAAUCACUGACGAUGCUUCAAAAUCACUUUCUUGUGGCUUCCGACAAUGCCCUUCCAUGGAGGAGAUAAUACUGUCUUGGAAUGCCCUUGGUGAUGGAGGAGCUCAAGCAUUGGCCGGUGCGCUCCCAGGAAUGGAAAAGCUGAAGAUAUUAGAUCUGGAGAAAAAUCGCAUUGGUGCCCAUGGGGCCACAAAGCUAGCAGAGGAACUUAUGAAGUGCCUGGAAAUUCAAUUCAUAAGGUGAGUACAUGUCAUGGAGCUAUGUGGCUGCGUAUCAGUUCAGAAAGGAGAAGUCAAGGUGUGACCAGUCUUUGGACAGACAUGACCCAUGCAGACGGGCUGCUCUGAGUUAGCUGGUGUGGAAUAGGAUAUUGCAAGGCACGCAAACGCAAGCCAAGUAAGCUGAGGGUCUUCUAGGCCAGCUCCACCCCCUCAGAAAGUCCUGGGAAAAGGGGACUGAAACUGUCUUCAAAUAAGGUAAAAAUGAAGACCCAGGUGUGUAACGUUCCUAUCAGGAAGUUUGUUGCAUUUUUUCAGAAGUUUUCUUUCUCGCAUUCCAUCUGAAUUGAAUUCUGAGAUACGUUCCUGCCCUAUGGGAUGUGGGAUCCAUAUCUUGCAGAUAAUUGGGAACUUGAUUUUUCCCUCUCUUUGUCAUUGCCUCUCCAACUCUGUGUAUCAAACUCCACUAGAAACUCCUUGUAGAAGAGACCCACUCCUCCUUUACUCAUUUGAAAAUUCACUCUUCUGAGAGCACCUCUGAUAGCUUUCUGGUAGCAGAGGUCUCACAGCCAAGUGUCUGCUCCUACCUGAGCACUCUCAUUAGCCCAAAACAAGCUCUGCCUUCCCCAACAGAGGGAGCAGCCUAAAGGCAAGCACUGAGGAACAUUUCUGGUCCUGGCUUGAGGUUUGGGCACCUGUGUGCUUACUCACAUUGGUGGGCACAGCAUGGAGUCUAUCAGACUCCUUAGGGCGCUCUGCUUCACAAGAUAGAGGCCCAGUGUGGGAAGCUUUUGGAUAUACUCCCCCAAAUGAGGUAGAUGAAGAAGGGUAGCUCACAUAAAUCAGAUUGCUUGUGUAUAAGUCUGUUCUUCCUCCCCUUUCUGAGGUCCUGGUGCCCUGAGGAGUUUUCAUAGCCUCAAUCUGUCCCGAGUAGGUAGGGUAGGUAGUUGCUGUGUUGCUGAGAUAUGGCCAUACCUCACUCCUGUCUAUCUGUCGGACCUGAUUUGAUAAAUAUCCAAAGCUGCAUCUUCCAUUGUCUUUGCCGUGCCACCUCCUUGCUUACUGCACCUCAUCCUACUGUAACACAUUUGCUGUCGUUGUAGGCUGUGGGACAAUCCAAUACCCAGGGACCUCGCUGAGAAUUUGACAAGCCGAGAUCCUAGACUAUAUUUCUCUUUCUACUAGUAAACAAGAGCCCUUGCCUGACUAGGAAUUGCUCUGUCUCUCACUAACCUCAAAAAAUUGCACUGAUGAACCCAGGAAAAUAAAGUUCCUACAGUUUAGAACUGUAACUAUUGGGUCUUCUUCUGUUGCACUGAACUGGGUGUGAACGCUUAGUGGUGUUUUGUUUCUUGUGAGCUUUUAUUGUACAGAAAAAGUAAAAGGCUGUAAAUUGCUGCAGAGAAGGAAGUGUCCUCGGUGUGAAAAUAUUAUCUUCUUAAAAAACAUUUAACAUUUAUUUAAGAUUUAUUUUGUUGUCUUUAAUUAAUAUUACAACACCUGCAGGGUAUUGCGAUAGAAUUCAUAUCCUCCAGGAGAAGAUGUAAAUUUACAACAUUGUAAGCUGUUGACUCUGCUACAAAUGCACUAAAUAGGCUGUUUGGAAAUUGCGUGGAACUGUAUGUGAAAUACCUCUGUGAUGUUUAGGUAAGAGAUGAUUUUGUUUGCUUCACAUGAGAUGUCUUUUAAUACAGAAAUGCCUCAGUUUCCUAGGACAAACUUCAGGACAUUUGAAAUUUCAAAUAAUUUCUCUAAAAUGACCACUCUUUAUACUGUGAUGGCAUGGAAAGGCUGAUAUCACCAUAAGUUUCAGUGAGAAAAUUGAAAGUACUGAGGUUGUAAAACACUGUGUGAGAAAACUGACUCUUCUGUGUGAGAGGAUCCGCACUACUGACUGUUUUCACGUGAGGUUUUCUAGACCUUUGUGGAGUUUCUGGAAGACUUGAUGGCACUGAUCUCCUUGAGGUGAAGCAAGGGGAAUUAGCUGGAAAUGUGGACCAUGUGGUUGACCCUUCAAGCUUCUGCUGUCCCCUGAAUCCCAAGGCCUACAUGUCGCUGAGGGAUGGAUGUUGGACCUGUGGGAACUGAAGGGAGAAUAUUCCAAAUACUGACCUUGCUGCUCAGGGGAGGAGACCAACCAGAGCUGCCCCUUGUGUGUGUAGAAAGACAGCUGGAGUUGAAGGAGUGCAGCUAUGUCCUUCUCAUUAUUUAUUAACUUGUGUUAGAAUGUUUUCCUUGUAUGUUUAUGGUGUAAAUAUUUAAUCCUUGUGGUGGAUUGAUUUAUGGCAUUUUCUUUAAAGCAGUGUUUGCCUGGGGAGAGUAACCGAUCUGAUUUGGGCAGAGCAGGUUUUUGGAAUGAGAUGGAAAUGCUGAUCCGGCAGAUCUUUGGGCAGUGGACGUGGACAGCUGGUGCCUGUGUGUUGUGGCUUUGCUGCCAGCUGGGGCUAAACCAGCCUUUUGCUGUUAGCGCAGGCCCGUGUACCACGGGGAAAACCAGAAAAUAUUACUGUCAAACAGAUCUUUGUUCAGUUCUGUGUAUCUUCUCCUGAUGCCACCUACUCCUGCGUUUGAAUUUGUUCAGGUGUCUAGAUAAUUAAUUUUCCUCCUUUACUGAUGGAAACAUGCCUUCUUGUUUAUUGUUUUUCCUCCUUUUUCAUUGGGGAAUAUAAUAUGCAUUAACUGAGUAAGUAAAAAUGAUGUUUUGAGUGCCUGACUUUUCAAGUCAGUUUUGUUUUCUGGGUCUCGA